AUGGAUCUUUGCACAGUAAAAACCAUAUUCAAUCCUCUCGUAUCAAAACCUAGACUCUUCACUCCAAAGCAUACUCAGUCCACUCUCCAAUUGAAAUCCCUUUACCCUCUUUCUCUCAAGCAAAUCUCGAUUUGUCUCUCCAACCCAGGGGUGAGAUACUCUAAAAAUUCAUCCGUAAGGUCAACCACUUCCGAAGAAACUUCAAGUCAGACAACCCCAAAUGAUAAAGAUGAAACUGAUUUUCAGUCUAAUGAAGCUCCACAAGAAGAUUCUUUGAUGUAUAAUCCAAUGCAACUGUUUCAGUUUUUAGAGAAACUCAAUUUAGAGAUUGAUUAUGAAGAAGCAUAUUAUUUUCUUGUAUUUGGCAGUGGUGGUGUAGUUUUAUAUUGGAUAGCAGCCGCUAUCGUUAAUGCAAUUGAUUCUAUACCAGUGUUUCCUAAAGUGCUGGAACUUGUUGGUUUUGCCUACGCCCUCUGGUUCACCUCCCGCUAUCUUAUCUUCAAGAAAAAUAGGGACGAGUUGGUUUCCAAAGUUGAAGAGAUUAAGCAGCAGAUACUUGGUUCGCAGGAUAACUAA